GCUGCAGAGUAAGAUGGCGGCGCCCUGUGUCCGCUUGUGUCGCCGGCUGGUGGGCAGGAGCGGCCCGGCCGGGGCACAGCGGCUACAGAGAGGCGGCGGGGCGCAUUGGAAAUAUUCCACAAGUCCUUGCCUCUGUCAGUCUGCAGCAUCCAAACAGACAGAUUCUGCAGAAGAAAUAGUCAUUCCAAGAAAGAAAACAUGGGACAAAUUAGCAGUCCUUCAAGCUCUUGCUGCCACAGUGAACAGAGACCACACAGCUGUACAUUACAGGUUCCAGGAUGACCCAUACCUCAUUCCCAGGACAUCACCUGAGUUUCGUCUCUACUCACUGUCGCAGGAGUCGGGGUGUAAUGCCGCAAAGUAUAUUGUUAACACCUAUCCCCACCUUUUCCAGAAGGACAUUGCUGAACCUUCUAUACCUUGUUUAAUGCCAGAGCAAUUAGAGCCUCUGGUAAAUGAAGUGAGCGUGGCUGCCCUGAAAGAACGCAUUCAGCUCAGGAAAGUGACAGCUUCUGUGGAUCUGUAUGACCAGCUUGUGCAAGCAGGGACUCCUGUGUCUCUUGAAAUCACCAAUACCUUGCUAGAUCUGCUAUGUGUUUAUGGAGACAAAGAGCCACCUAGAGAAGAUCAGCUUGAGCCAAGAGAAGCUGAAGCUAAGGGUGAGGAGACUGGGGUCUUGCAGAAAAAGCAAAGAGGUCGUCCACGCAAAGCUUCGGAUUUGCUUAGCAUCACCUGGAGGGAGAACAAUAAUGCAGAGAGAAUAUUCAGCCUGAUGCCUGAGCAGAAUGAGCAUUCCUUCUGUGCAAUGAUUCGAGGAAUGAUUAAGCAUGGUGCUUAUACAAAGGCCAUGAACUUGUACACCGACCUGCUGAACAAUCGAAUGAAAGCGGAUGUUUAUACUUUUAAUGCACUAAUAUCAGCAGUGCCAGAAUUAAAGGAGAUGUACAAUGAGAAAGCGGAUUUAAUUGUGGAGCUGCUGAAGCAAAUGGCUGAACAAAAGGUGCAGCCGAACUUGUUAACCUUUAAUUCUGCAUUGAAGAGUCUCCGAAAGUGUGGCUCAAUCGCUAAAGGACUUUCCCUCCAAAUAAUGAAUGAAAUGAAAUACCUAAAUAUUGAACCAAGUUUGGCUACUUUCGAUCACCUUCUUGCUAUAUUCUAUAAACCUGCCGCAGCUAACCGACCACACGCUGAUAUUAUCUUUGAGGUGCUCGAUGAAAUAGAAGGGAAGCACUUUGAGCCACAGGAUCCUGAUGACGUGAACUUCUUUAUCAGUGCUAUGAGGCUGUGUUUUGAUUUGAAAGACCUCGACUUGGCCUACAGAUUACACAAGGUUCUUGAAACUGGAAACAACUGGAUGUUAUUGGGUGAUUCUUAUCAACAAAGUAUUUAUUAUGGGAGAUUCUUUAACAUCUUGUGCAUGAUGGAGAGCAUUGACGUGGUUCUCAAGUGGUAUAAAGCUCUCGUUCCAUCGCUCUAUUAUCCUAACAUACAAGGUAUGAAGGAUCUGCUCCAGGCAUUGGAUACAGAGAAUCAUUUGCACCUGAUUCCACGUGUCUGGAAAGACAUUAAGCAACUUGGUCACAGUAACAAGCAGGAUCUUGUGGAGGAGGUGCUUGAACUGAUGGUUCGUGACAAACAUAGUCCAGAGUUGCAAGUUGUAUUUGCUGACUGUGCUCUGGAUAUAAAGGCUGCCUAUAAACGGGACCAAUUCCGUAACGUACAAUGGACAGCUAACUCUUUGGGAAGUAUGACUGCUCUGCUCUUAAGAGGAAGUCGAACUCAAGAUGCAUGGGGGAUGCUGCAACUUUUUAAAACUAACAACAGGGUUCCUGGUAAAGCACUACUGGAUGAGUUUUUGGACCACGCUAAGGAAAGCUGUAACAAGGCCCUGGCUCUUGACUUGGUGAAGCUGGCCGGUGCGUUCAGUUUACCCGCAACAUCAGAGUUGUUUGACCGGGUGAUGAAGGAUUUCGAGCUGACUGAUGAAGAGAAAGGAUCACUGGAAGUGUUGAAUGCCACCAGCAGCGACAGCAAUGCCACCAGCAGUGACAGCAGUGACAGCAGUGAUAGUGACCAAGAAUAACAUUUUGAGCAACCUGGGUUUAUCAAAUGUUCUGUUAAACACAAGAAUGAUUGCUUAAGGAUUGACCUUGGUAUUUGUUCACAACAUGUAACCUCUGCACUGGACUGAGUGUGGCACAGAUAUUGAUGCAUUGAAAUAAUCUUCCACCUUUUACAGUUUUAUCUUCUGUAUUAUUAAUGCCAUUCUACAUAAUGUAAGUUUUAAGUAUAUGGAAUAUUAAAAAAAUGACAAAAUUGA